AUGCUCGAUGAAAACUUAUCAUCUCAGGAUGAAGAAAUUUCAAUAUAUGAUGUGGACUUGGAUAAGGAGAUUACCUCGAGUAGUGAGGACUUGUGUUCAGCAUCAUCUCACCUAUCUGGAAUAGAUGAAAAUGAAUCAAGAUCGAGAGAAGAAAAGAAAGUCACUGAACAAAAUCCUAUUUGUCCACAUUCAUUUUCACCUCGUAAGACCGACUAUUCUAACAGCCGUCAGUCCAGCACGAAGAAUUUUGGAGAAUUGCAGAGCUGUUUAGUUUCUGCACAGGAACCUUCUGAUACCUGUGAGAAGUUGAAGAGUGAAUUAAACCCCAUUUGUGAUGUAAAUGGUUCAGAAAUGCUGCAGGAUAUUAGAGGGAACCAGAUAGAACAGUCUUUAAAAAUUGAUUCAGAAUCUACUGAACAUAAUGGAAGCAAUUCUGAGAAACAGGAUAAGACUCAUCACAUGUUAGAAUUAAAGGGUUCGGAAUAUGAUAACAGAAUAUAUUCUAAAGAUUCUGAUAGUAGAUUGAAAAAGGAGUCUGAUGAUCCCCAAGCAUCUGUAUCACCAACGAAUGUGGCUGUUGAACAAAUUCCUGCUGCCCCAACAGUAGAAAACAACAUACUAGAUGAACUUAGAACUGGAGUUUCCAGUGAAAUUUUCUCCCAAAGUUCAUUGCCUUUGAAGGAUUCAACGACGCAUCCACAUAAUGGUGCCUAUAUCGAACAGGAAUCUUCCCAUUAUCUAGAGAAGUCAACCGAAGAAGUUGACACACAUAGUGAUGUUGAUGAACCAACUAUUUAUGAGGAUCAGAUGGAAAACUUGGCACUAUUUGAAGACACUGAACAUGAGGGUCAAUUGAAUUAUCCAGUGGAUCAUGAAGAAUGUACAACUUCAGAAAGAUUUGGUGACAAAGGCGAGCUUUAG